AUGGCAUUUGGGCAGCCCGAAGCACCUCGAAAACGCUAUCCCCCAGUCCCACCCUCAACUUUCAAAAUUCUCGCAGGAUUUGCGGUGGUUCACUCUAUGAUCAUAGGAGUUUGCUGCCUUGUCAUUGUCUUGCCGAUUGUAUAUAGUCGAUCUAAGCGGCGAAAGUAUUUUUGGAUCUGGAAACGAGUGUAUAUCAGUCAUGUUACGACGCCUUUGUGGGUCGUGAACAGUGUGAUGAUAGUUGCGAUGGCCCAAUUAGUCAGUAGCAUCGUAUGCCUGUUGUACACCUAUCUCGAUUAUGCGUCCUUCACAUCACCAGCGGUGGCCCGUAAAAUCAACCUUCAGGUACUCGCUCAAAUCAUGUGGCUAUUUGGAUUCUACGAAUAUUGGACAACAACCUGCUCUGGGUUAUGUACUGUAUUAUGUUCACCUUUACGCCGAAUUCCGGCGCCACUGAGACCCCUGGUCAAUCAUCCGCAGCUCGUCAACUAUUUCAACCUAUCUGUACCCAUCAUGAUGACUACAGCUACCAUUGCCUGGCAAGUAUCUCUCAGUCUGGCUCACCAGAAUGAGUCAAAGAUGUACCUUGUUUUGCGAGAACGUCUUAUUUCGGAUGGAAAACAACUAGAUAAUAAGGAAACAAUUCAAUUCAAGCUCUUGUUUGAAAUCUUGAGAGAAUAUAUACAUGUUAACCAGAAGCUCGUUAGUCUCCUUCGAGGAAAUUCAUACUUUUGGUUCUCUACUGGCCUUAUUACUCUCACUACCAAGAUUCAACAGCCUGGCUGCGACUCUGAGCAGCCUGGUUCUGAUUCUGAGCAGCCUGGUUCUGACUCUGAACGUAAUUGGAAACCCGAUAAGGUCGCUGCGUCGCUCAGGCAAGGAUAUAUCUACAUGCUUUGUCACUUUUCGGUUAUGGCAUUUUCAAUAACGUACACCAUCGUUGUCUGUCUACUGGUUGCCAUUCAAGCCAGGCAAGUAGUUGACGACUCUACAUGGAGGUCAUUGGGCUCUUGGCUCUAUCUUGUAUCUGGAGUGAUAGUAGCAUUCGCAUUACUGUUACAAAGUUGGCGGAUAUGCACCGAUCUAGAUAUUAUCAUUUCCGAGAGUGCUCAUACAUCUGAUCAAACAGAUUGUACCAGAAGUCUUUCAGAUGAGCUUGAAAGUCAUUACAUGGACGACGUAGUGAUCCAGGGGGCACAUAAGACUGAGGCGUCCGCACCAGUCGAGAUUCAACGAGCUCAAGUCGGGGUUCGAUAUCAAAAGGCUCAAGUUCUUGUCAUCCGUAAAGCCUUCUGAAAUUUAAAGACUUAUCAGGGAAACUCAAGUUAUAUUUUUACAAUGUGAACGGAUCACGUCCUCCAUAUUAUCUUCUUACUUUAGAUCUGUUAACCAAAGGAUUUUUUUCUUCAAUCGUUCCUUCUCCUACUGUUGUCAUUCAUUACUAGCAUGAGCUCAAGAACACGGAACUGUCAUCUCUUAUUAAGGAUUUCCCUCAAAUCAUCUAAUGAAUUGCUUGGGUAUCUUGUUUUUAUCUAGUCUUUCAUAAGAUUCGUCGAUCAGCUUGUACAUAUUUUAUCAAUGUUGUGAUCUUUCUCACCUUACCCUCGCACGGAUUUCCUACAAUGUCUGUGUUUAAUUAUUAAUGUCAAUGAAUUCGACAGAGCUGCCUUCAUUCUUUC